AGUCAGAAAACGCGCUCCGAUGCGGGAGUACGCGUCACGCUCGCCCGGGAACAACGCGCGCACGCGAGUGUCAAUAAAAAAAAAGUUGCGUUAAUAAAACCUUAUUUAUCGAAAGUUUAUAAUUUGUGAUUGUGAACAUGAAGUUUUUAGUGGUGGUUAUUGUCUCGGUGGUGUGUGCUGGUGCCGCGGCUGCUGCGGUAGCGUCUUCGUGUGCUCACGCCGAGGAGUUCUUCUUGAGGCAUAAUGCAUCAGCUGAUGAUGGCAGAGAAACAGGGCCCAUCUGUGGGGGACAGUGUUGCGGUCGAGGACGCGAAGCGCAACUACGCGCGGCACUACGGAAAAAUGCGGAGCAUCGAUUCAAGACCACCAUCACACCACUCAUGGAACUGCUUCUGUCCACAAGGAGAACGCUGCAAGAGCAUCUGAUCGAACUAUCGAGAGAGUCCCAAAACAAGACAGCAGGCCUGUUCCUACAGGUGUACAGGGAACAUGCAGUACGGGCUCACGCACCCCUCACAAAUCUCUAUGAUGAUAUCCGGACUUUACUACGGAUGGAAUCCAACACUGAAGAGCUUGGGUCUCGACCGCCCAAAGACUUGGCUGAUAGCUCAAGAAAGUUCUUCCGAGAAAUAUUCCCGGUGACCUAUCAGAGCGUGCUCAAAUUAGAAGCGAAACAAUUCACGCCGGAGUACGAGGAGUGUUUGAAAGCAGCUUACGAUGCGGUACUGCCGUUUGGAGACAUUCCAAAACAGAUGGGUUCUUCGCUCUCACGUUCAUUGGAAGCAGCGCGCGUUAUUCUAAAAGUACUGGCAGCAGGCGCCAGCGCAUUAAAUGCGAGCGAGCGCGUUCUCGUGAGCACAGAUGAAGAAUGCUACGACAAGAUCCUGAGAGUGCACGGCUGCUCUUACUGCCGAGGUUAUGAUGUCAAACCCUGCAAGAUAUACUGCCUCAACGUAGCUAGAGGGUGCAUAGGAUCUCUUGUCGCUGAGCUGGAUGCACCCUGGGAUAGUUACACGGAGGGAUUGGAGCUGCUGACGAAGCCUGACGCUGAUGUAGCACUGCGAGAUCUCGAGACUCAGGUCUCGAAAGCCAUCAUGUAUGCUUAUGCGCUGGAGAAUCAUGCCAUCUUAGAGAGUAAGGUCCGUCAAGAAUGUGGUACACCAGCGACAUUUGAUCUACCAAGUCAGCCCAGCACUCCGCACCCUCCCGCAGCACGGCGGAAUUCUUUAAGAGCGCCACCACCAUACACAGAACUCCUUCAUUUCGCGGCCUCCUUAGCCAGGAAUAAGAGACUUUUCGCCAAAAUGACAGACCAACUAUGUGAAGCAGAAAACGAAGACGAUGCACAAUGCUGGAAUGGCGAUUCAGUUGGAAAGUAAGUAAUCUUUGUAUAUCUACUCGUACCAAUUAUAAUUUGUUUAAGAGGUUCAAAUUUUGUGUGCUUCAUCUACUGGCGAACGUCCAGUUACGUUACUGAAUUGUAAUCAAUAAUAAUUUACUAACAGGUACACAAAGGUGCUGGUUGCAUCGGCUUCAGUUAGCGACCAGAAGUACAACCCGGAGGUGACGGUAGCAAACAGAGAUCAUGACCACGCCGCUGUGGCUGCUCUUAGAAAUCGUUUUUUACAAGCUAGGCAGCUACUUAUGACUUCUGCGCUGAAAAGCGCCGCGCCCGCUGCUGAAGCAUUCAUGCAGGGUGACGAAGCGGGAGAAGAAGGCUCAGGAUCAGGCAAAAACUACGACAGCGACGAAGGAAACGACGACACUUUUUACGACCAAGGUUCAGGUGAUACAGGAUCAGGCAUGGAAGGUAAAUUGAAAACUCUUCUUAAUUAAAUUCGUUUAAAUAAUUUUUAAAUCUUACUAAUAUAUUUUCCUUUAUAUUAAUAUUUUCUUUUAUAAUUCAUAAUAUUCUUCAGUUUAUUUCCCAAAAUAUAUCAAUCCCAAGUCUACAGGUAAUACAAUUUUUUUGUUUAUAAAAUCAUGUUUUAUGAACAAUGAUAUGUAUUACCUGUUUUACUUUGCUUGCUGCUUAUCACUGCUAUUAUUGAGUCAAUUAAUCCGUUAACAGGAAGCAGAUCAUUUCCUGGGGGGGAGCCAACAUUCACGUCUACGGUACCAGGAACUUCAUAUGCGACCACAUCGCGACCAGUGCUUACGGCCAUUCUCAGUGUAGCUUUGAUGUCUGCAGCCAGAUACUGUCUGACCUAAAUCCAAUCGCUGAACUCCUGUGACUGUUCACAGCGCCUCGGUGAGAUCUCCAGAAUUCCCAUAUCAUUAUGUGAAGUGGUGUGUGCAAAGCACGUCCAGUGACUGCUAUAUUUUUAGUAGAAAAGUUAGUCUGAUAGUAAAAGACAAAGUUGAUAAAUAGCUUGGCGUCGUUCUAUAUGAACGACAUCGCAGAAGCUCUCCGAAGCACAAUACAGUAGCUAGUCUUAUACUAGUAUAAAAGUUUCUUCGCCGAAAUCCAAGGAUAUGCGUUUAUCCUUUACGAUUGGUAUUAUCAAAAUCUUCAAAUGGUCUGGACUUUGAUGCAUUUACAUUAUGCGUUUGAAAGUCUAUAGUGGCAUUUAACUGAUCAACAUCUUCAAAGCAAUUUGCGGUGAAAUAUGUUUCUGAAAUAACGUCCAAUCAUACGGUUAUUUGCCGCCAAACUAAAUUGCUUUGAAAAAAGUUGUUUGUUUAAUCCCCUUUUAAAUGUACAGUGCAUAUCGUAUUGUCUUCAUUUUGUAUAUAUCUUUGGUACUCUUUAUAGAAUUAGGCGAUGAUAUACUUCGUAACGGAAGCUUUACAAUACUUCGGCAUUUAAAAAACUAUAUUAUGGUAAAUCCUGAAUUUAUCGUCAUAAUAAUAGAUAUUAUAUCAUUUGAAGAAACUUUAAAUGUUGUUAAUACUAGAUGAUUGGCAAUAAUUUAUAAUUAGAUGUUUAACUAUUAGUCGCCAGUGAUAUAUGCUAAUAUAAGGGUUGAAUGUACAGAUAUGAUUGUGUAAAUACAUUUUAAAACUCCUAUUGGUUUAGGUGCUUAGCUAGUAAAUUUAUUUUGUUGCCAUAUUAAUAUUACGGUUAUUAUUAUUUAUAAAUAUCGAUAAGUCAUAAAUUAAUCUAUAAUUAUGUUAUGUGAUAUGAUAUAGUAAUAUAAUCUGUAUCACUGUCGUAUUGUAUUAUUUAUUCUGCGGUAUCCAAUAACAAUAAAAUAAAGCAAUUAAGAUUUAAACUUCUGUUUUUGUUGAAACCAAAAUAAUAGAAAUCAAUUAUAUCUAUGAUUUCAUUUUUACAAAUAUGAUUAUUUUAGCAAUAAACAUAUUUCUAAAGUUAAUUGAAGAACUGCAUUUAGUUACAAGUUCACCGUUUUCAUUCGGAUUAUAUUUGGUUGAUGAUGUAUUGAAAAAAACUAGACAAAGCAGUGCUACCGUAAUAAAUGUUAAUGAAGACACAAAACAAGUUUAGAAAUAAAACAAUUAUCUCAUAUUGGUCUCUUGGUAUUAAAUUCUAAUAUUAUGAUUGCAAAUGUGUAAGAUCACGUACCUAAAUAGAUUGUAAUAAAUUAUAUUGUACAUUGCAUUGGACCUUAGUAAAACAAAUGUAAUUAAAUAAGCUUCCAUCUAAUGGCAAGCUGGGUUUUGUAAAUGUAUUUUAGAUUAUAAAUGGAAUUACUAGGGAUGCGUGAGGACCAGACACAGAUGGUUUAAAGUAAGAGUAAUUGUUUACGGGCUUGCUACCACAUACCUUGUUUUAAAACAAAGUAUAGAGACGAGAAUCUCUAUCUAUCUGUCUUUCUCAUUUCACCCGGCAAAGAAAGAUAGAGUAUUGCAAUGAAAAUCUAUCUAUCUAUCUCAUUUCAUCCGGCAAUGAAAUAGAAAGAGACAAAGGAUGAAGUAUUACUUUUAAAAAACUAAGGUAAUUACUCGCAAUCCAUUGGGAUUAUUGUAUACUAGCUUUCCGCUAGCGGCUUGGCCUGCAUGAACGAAAGCUUCCUCUUGAGUUAUUCUAUCUGUUGUUGAAAAUCGCAAUAUAAUCCGUUUAAAAGAUUUCAGCGUACAGACAGCGCGAAGCUAUUUUGUUUUAUACUCCAAAAAUCCGUCGGCUUCAAAUUGACUUACAUUUAGAGUUAAUUAUCUAUAUAUUUUUUUAUUAAUUUGAAUUUUAACUCUUUCAAUUCGCUCGCAUAUAUUUAGAUUUCUCAUAUAAAAUGUUAAGCUAUUUGGUAGUUAUUUAUUUGUAGAAAAUAAAUUGAAAGUUAAAAUUUUUAAUUGUAGGCGCCUUAAUAACUCCCAAAUAGUUUGGACCCGUUGCAAGUCGUUACAUGGUAACAUUAUCCCGUAAAUAAUUAACUCAAACGUUAGUGACAAUGAAAGAUUAAAGCAAUACGUUGAUUUAAUGUUACUUUAUAAUUCAGUUUUAUGUACAGCGUCUUCAAUGGAAUAAAAAUUAUCGAUUGCGAAUCGGAGAAAGCAUAAGAAUUAAUUUUAUAUUGACAUUUGCUAAACAUUUCCAAUACAACAUUUUUCUACUGAUGAUGAUAACUUUAACUGAUGGUUUAAACCGUAUAAUAAUUUUAUCAUGAAAAACAUAUGCAACUCUAACUC